GGAUAGACAACAUUGUGCUGUGCUAUAGUUGGAUACUUGGAUUUAUUGAAUUUGAGAUCUUGUGGAUCUGAUCUGAGCUGAGCUGAAGUCAACAAUGGCGAAAGCCAGGUACUCUCGGCUUCCGUCUCGGAAAUCAUCAUCAUCUUCUACGUUGAUCCUUACCUUGUUCCUCGUCUUCACCUUCCUCGUUCUCAUUCUCCUCGCUCUCGGCUUCCUCUCCUUUCCUAACAACUCGCGUGACAAUUUUCCCAAACCUAACGAUCUUACCUCCAUUGCUCGGAACACUAUCCAUCGAACCGACGAUGAAGAUGAGAGGGGAGAGCAGUGGGUUGAAUUAAUAUCGUGGGAGCCUAGAGCUUUUGUUUAUCAUAAUUUUCUGACCAAGGAGGAAUGCGAAUAUCUAAUCGAUAUAGCGAAACCAAGUAUGCAUAAGUCAACAGUUGUCGAUAGUGAAACUGGAAAGAGUACAGACAGCAGAGUACGUACAAGCUCUGGAACUUUUCUGGCCAGAGGACGUGAUAAGAUUGUGAGGAACAUUGAGAAAAGAAUUGCUGACUUUACUUUUAUUCCAGCAGAUCACGGUGAAGGACUUCAAGUUCUACACUAUGAAGUUGGACAAAAGUAUGAGCCUCACUAUGACUACUUUCUUGAUGAAUUUAACACAAAGAAUGGGGGUCAGCGUAUGGCAACAGUACUGAUGUACCUUACAGAUGUUGAAGAUGGGGGUGAGACAGUGUUCCCAGCUGCCAAAGGGAAUAUUAGUUCUGUGCCAUGGUGGAAUGAGCUUUCUGAUUGCGGAAAAAAGGGACUUUCGAUUAAGCCAAAGAGGGGUGACGCUUUACUUUUCUGGAGCAUGAAGCCAGAUGCAACUUUAGAUCCAUCAAGCUUGCAUGGUGGUUGUCCAGUGAUUAAGGGUAACAAGUGGUCAAGUACCAAAUGGAUACGUGUCAAUGAAUACAAAGCUUGAAUGUACAUUCCUAUAGGCUUGUCUGAGUUCAUCACGCCAGUGAUGUACAAUUUUAAAGUCUCAGCUAAAAACUUUUCAAGAUAAUGCCUCGUGUUGGAAGGAAAUUUUUACUGCAUGAUACGGCAUUCUGUAAUUGUGGAUGUUCUGCUGUACCUCCUAACUCAUUUUUUCCCUACCCUUUUCUUUCAUAUUAGUAGCAAAUAUAAAAAUAUUUAUGUUCCUGUGAAUUUACAUUAGGGAGGUUCAAGAAAAUGUAUGAAAUCCAAUAGAUUGAUCAAGUAUACCAGCUUUGUCCUCAGAACUCGGUU